AAGAAAUUGCCAUUUUAGUUGGCAGCACAGAGAAAAAAAAAUAUAAAAACAACAACAAAAAUGUCGGAUAGUGAAAAGCAAGAUAAACCUACCUUUUCAUUUAAGAAAAUAAAUCGCAAACGGGCAGUUAGGAAGCAACGUAACGAAAGCAGUGAUGAUGGUUCAGGGAAGAGUGACAGUGAUGAUGGAAAUGUAGCUGUGCGUCAAAUGGUGACCAAGAAAAAGAACAAUCCUAUGGUGCAAUCAACAAAAAGGCUUAAAUUAGGGACCACAGGUGUAACUAACAGCUCUAGUGAUGACAACAGUGACCAAGAUACUGCAAGUAUUACAGUCAGCUAUAAGUCGAGCAGGUCAGGGAAACGUGAAGGACCAGAUGAUAUGGGUGCCACUUCUGUUAUGGAGAUAGACACCCAGGCUGAUAGAGAUGCUCAAGCAAUCUUAGAACGUAGUUUACAACUUCAGAAGGAGCUGAAAGAAAAAGAAGAUGAUAAAAUAUACAGAGGUAUCAACAAUUAUCAUCAAUAUUAUGAGAUCAAAGAUUCUAUUCAUGGAAAUGCAGAGAGUGGAAAAAACAGAUACGGCCCUUUGAGAGCUCCAGCACAUUUAAGGUCAACAGUUCGCUGGGACUAUCAACCUGAUAUUUGUAAAGAUUACAAAGAAACAGGAUUCUGUGGCUUUGGUGAUUCUUGUAAGUUCCUCCAUGAUCGAUCAGACUAUAAACAUGGAUGGCAGUUAGAAAGAGAAAUGGAACAAGGAACUUAUGGUGCAAAAGAUGAGCAGAACUAUGAAAUUAGCAGUGAUGAGGAUGAUCUCCCUUUUAAGUGCUUCAUCUGCAGAAAUUCCUUCAAAGAUCCUGUGACCACAAAGUGUAAACAUUACUUCUGUGAGAAAUGUGCCUUGGGCCAUUAUAAAAAGUCCAAGAGAUGUUUUGUAUGUGGUGAACCUACAGGAGGAAUUUUUAAUCCUGCCAAAGAUGUCAUUGCCAAAAUGGAAAAAGUGAAACAAAAUGAAAUGCUAAUUCCAGAUGAUGAGAGAGAUGAGUCAGAAGACUUUGUUCCUAUUUCUUGAUAACAGUUAUAACAAGUUGUAUGUUGUUGUUUUUGUACAUUUUGAAUGCAAUGUAGGUAAAAAUAAAAAUGCAAAAAAUGAUUCA